AUGCGCAACUCAAUCGCCCUCGGCGCCCGCCUAGCCCGCCUCUCCACGCCUCACACCCUCCAACGAUCAUUCGUGACUACCGCCGCAAGGAGGUUCGCCGACGCCACUUCAUCUCCAGUAUCUGCGCCGCCGCUGAACCCACGGUGGCUUUCCGAGCUGCAGGCGCGCAUCAAGCGGUGCGCCGGGCUUGAUCUCAGCGGGCAGCAGAGGGAGGAGCUGACGGCUCUGCGGAAGGCUGUUGACGGGCAGUGGUUGGAGUUGCUCGCUGGACGGGAAGGGUUCCUCACGGGUCCCGGAUGGAGGGGCCUUGACAGGCAUACAGUGACUUGGGGAGACCAGGGUCAUGUAAACAAUGUCGUCUACAACAAGUACGCCGAGUCGGCGCGGGUCAAUUGGCUUCGUAACUUUGCGACAACGGUGGAUCCCGAGCACAAGGAUGAGUGGGACCAACUCAUGAGCCCGCGGGACAUUGGCCUCAUCAUGAGAAGCAUCAAGACGGACUACAAGUUUCCAAUGGCCUACCCGGACCACGUGACGGUCCUCCAUAAGCUCGUCUCCAAGCCGACAUACGAAUCAGACUUCAUCCUGCUCGAAGCCCUUCUCAUCUCCGACGGCCUCCGCCGCCCUGCCGCCCGCUGUUUCGAAGACAUUGUGGUCUACGACUACAAGACCGCCAAGAGGGCGCCGUUGAAGCCUUUCAUGGUCGACCGACUACGGGAGGCGUACGAGGCGCAGGAGCAGAGCAAGAUUGAGUGUGAGGAAAAGGUAAAGUGUCUUGUCGACAUUGUCGAGCGUCUUGAGAAGGCCGCGUAA